AUGGCUAAGGAAGACCUCAGCAUGGAAGAGAAGUUUGCUAGUACGACUUCUUGUCAUGGAAUCUCUCAUGUCUACCAAAAUGAUAGUGGCAGACUACCACGAAUGAUCUGGUUAAUUUUGACUAUAGCAGCCACAGCUGUAUGUAUUAGCCAAUGUAUCAUCAUUAUCUACGACGCUUCUCAACUACCGACAAGAAUUACUUUUAGCGAUGUUUCAGCCAACUCGACUGUCUUUCCUUCUAUUACGAUAUGUAAUACCGAUAAUUCUCCAAGAGAUGCUCUACCAGAAUCUGAUUUAAAAUAUUUAUCUAUUUUAUUGCACACGCAAUCAACAGAGAAUGCGUAUAACGAAACUCAGGUCCAGGAGGCAGCUCGUUAUUUUAUAAAGAAAUAUGGCGAUAAAUUCGAUUACGAAAACUAUAUACGAACAUCUAGUGCAAAAUUGGAGAACAUGCUGCUACGAUGUCAGUGGAUGAAUCGUCCAUGUAGUCUCUCUGAUUUUACAUCAAUUGUAACCGAUUACGGCAACUGUUUUACCUUUAAUCCAGGUACUAAAGACUUACCUCUGAAGAAUCAAACCGUUCCAGGGGAAGUGUAUGGUCUUCGCUUAGCUUUUAAUAUUGGGCAAUACAAGUAUUAUCCAGAUCUUUUAGACAGAAAUCGCCCUGAUGCAGGUAUCCGAUUUACAAUACACUAUCAUAAAGAACCGCCAAAUCUUCUAGCAAAAAGUAUUAUUGCGCCUGUGGGCUCCCAUACCUACGUUUCCUUCACUCGAACUUACCAUAAAAAGUUAGAAAAACCAUGGGGAGAAUGUGGAUCUAGAAAAUUACUUUUCCACGAAUUUUAUUCCCAUGUCGCUUGCAUUGACGAAGUAUCGGCAAUUUAUGCAUCUACAUUAUGCAAUUGUAGUAUUAUUGGUGCAUUUGGACCCUAUGGCGCCUGUGACAGCGUUAAAUUUAUAACAUGCAUCGUCCCCAUUUUAGCUAAAGCACGAGUUCAAGCUAAUGAAAACAUCGCGGCUUGCCCUGUAGCUUGUGAAACUUAUACAUAUCCUACUGUAAUCUCUUAUGGAAAUCUUGCACUAAUUCCGAUUUCGAGUUUAAUUACCAAUUAUCUUAAUGUUUCUGGGAUAAUACGCCAUGCACAGUCUUUGGACUGGAUUAAAGAUCCCAAUUACUCCACCGCUAAUUUUGUCAGGCAUGAGAGACUAUAA